AUGUUGGGUUGCAAUUACUUUCAAAUUUAUCAUUUCCUAAACAUUUCAGCCGUUGAAAUUGCUAAAUACAAAAGCCUUUUAAUUAAUGUGGUAGGCAUGUACUUGAAACAAGGCCAGUUGCUUGUGGUGGUCCUGGUACCAUUGUCGAAGUGGAUGAAAAUGUGCUUUCACGGCGUGGGAUUAUAA